AUGUGCACUCGCAGUGUACAAAGCUUUCCUGCGCUGCUCACCGACCUUGCUUUGGAGAAUUAUGCUAACCACCUCACUUCGCAACGCAGAUCCCAGGUAACUGAUUCAAUUUCAGGAACGACGAGCGGUGCGGCUUCUCUGGAGGAGGCCUUGGCGCCGCUGCAGCUUAUUCAUGGGAAGGUUUUUACUUUGGCUGUCGGAAUUGCACUGCAUGGUGCUGAGUCUAUCAUUCGUUACGUGGCAGGCGACACCUGUGAGCCGGGUGAGGGGGUUUCACACGACGAGCAACAGGACCAGCAGCGGCAUGUGGGAGGCGAAGGGGUUCGUUUCAGUGGCAGGUGCCUUUAUUUUGUCGGUGAGCACCGCCUCUUCUCGCCGUACUACUGCCCAUGUGCGGCGUAUGGCUAUCAGGGCAUUCGACGGCAAGAGGCGUGGCUGUGUAAGCACCUGCUUGCACUCCGCAUUGCACUUGUUUUGGAAGAAAAAGGCCCUGUGGAGGGCGUCAUACGCGAACGCAAGGUAACGAAGUGCCAACUUCAGGAAAUGAUGCAGCUGCUGGACUGA